CCCCAAAAUAUUCUACUAACCAGUAAGUCACCUCUGGGGGACAUUAAGAUAGUAGAUUUUGGCCUUUCCAGAAUAAUGAAGAGCAGUGAGGAACUAAGAGAAAUUAUGGGAACUCCAGAAUAUGUAGCUCCUGAAAUUCUGAGUUAUGACCCAAUCAGUACAGCAACUGACAUGUGGAGCAUCGGAGUACUGGCAUAUGUUAUGCUCACAGGGAUAUCACCUUUCUUAGGGGAUGAUAAACAGGAAACAUUCUUAAAUAUAUCUCAGAUGAACAUAAGUUACUCUGGAGAAGACUUUGACCUCAUAUCAGAGUCUGCUGUGGAUUUCAUCAAAACUCUGCUGGUUAAGAAACCUGAGGACCGGGCAACUGCUGAAGAGUGUCUUCAACAUCCAUGGUUAGAACAAAGCGAUAAUCCUGCUGGCGGGGCCUGGAAUAAGAGCACAGGAGAGGAGAUCAGUGAUGUCACCGUCCAGAAAGAUGCCGAUUCUGCCUCUGAAAAAUCAGUAGACGCUGAGAAGACUGAAGAGGAAGAAUCUAUCGUGACGGAAGAACUAAUUGUAGUGGCUUCCUAUACGCUGGGACAAUGUAGGCAGUCAGAAAAAGAAAAAGUAACUGAGCAGAAAGCCAUUUCCAAACGAUUUAAAUUUGAGGAGCCAUUACUGCAAGAAAUACCCGGAGAAUUCAUUUACUGAACUGUGUGGAGCUUCAUAGCUAUAACUGGAAGGCAGUGUUUUCUACUAAACAAAAAUAUCCUAGCCAAGUGAAUUUCUGAUAUGCAAUAAAUGUUCUAGAUAAAAUGUUGUUAAAUGACAUCCAAGGAAAAUGUGCCAAGCUUUUAAUUUCAUGGAACGGAUAAACAAAAUUUCAAGUGACUGACAGGAAUUUAGCAAAGCUAAAAAGAGCUUAUUUUUGUUUGUAAUUUUCAUUUCUGUGUUUUUGUUGCUUGAUAACAGUUUUGGUAGUUGUUCCAGUGUUCUGGGGAAGCUGACACUGGAAGCGUUUCAGUGACAGAUGUCAAGAGGAGUAU